UGGCACCGGUCCGCGAGUGUCAGUUGUCGCUGAAACACCGGAACGAUCACACGUGCGAGGCCCGGAAGAGUUUGAUCGAUCGUGAGAAGCAAAUAUAGAGUGAUACUAGCUAAAUGAAAGAUUUUCUGUGAAAAUUUGAACAGCACAGUGUUUUUUUUUGUGUGUGAUAUUUUUUAAGAACUUACUAUAAAGUGCAAUUUUUUUUAACGUGAAGUGUUCUGGAAAGUGAAGUGGAAAGUGAUGUUCGGAUGAAAACGGGACAAGACAGAAAGCACAAAAUGUCAUCCAACGUAAAGCCAUUUUCUUACCGCCUGGCGGUUCUUUUUGUGCUCGUGACGAUUGGUUCGGUACAGACAAGUGAUGCAUUUAUGAAUUUGGACGAAUAUUACCGUAUGCCCAAGAUUUACGACUACGAUGACUACGACCGGUGCGUGGCCGAGGCGCCCCAAGCUCCAGCCGAGGACGUCGUUUACUGUGUCGCGCGAACGAUCAUCAAACCGGAUCAAGAGUCGAGCCUGUGGCGACUCAUCGAGCAUUUCUCGAACGACACCAAGCGCCACUUCCGUCACGAUCAUCUGGAUCGGGGCUUUUGUAUCGAGCGUUGCCGUCAGCUGGUCCAGUCACUCGACGUAAACGUGGCGGAAGAACUGUUUGUGGACAAGUUCCCGAUUUCCUUUCCGUACAUCAUGCACGCAGACGUUUUCAACAAUGUGAGCAACGAUCGUGCGCGGUACGGCCGGUUGAUUAAUAUCUGUCAGAAUCACGCGCUUCGCCAGCGGUACAAUUUGACUGGCUACACCGAAAUUGAGUACUGUACCGGGCCGAAACGAAGCACACCGAUCGAUGGGCUAGACAUCAGCUUCCUGCUCAUUACGGGCCUGAUCGUGGUGCUGGUAAUCAGCUCCACGUGCUACGAUCGCUACACCAGCAAGCAGCUAGGGAACGAGCAUUACAAAAAGGAUGUUCCGUGUCGAAAAACGAUGGUACUGACCUCGUUCUCGCUCGUGCGCAACUGGUACCGGCUAGUAUCCCGCUCCAAGGAUCAGCUGAACGAAGAUCUAAAGUUUUUCCAAGCGAUCCGAUUCUUCACCUUCUGCCUGGUGGUGGUCGGCCACUGUGGUGAUCUGUUCACCACAACGUCGUUCGCAAACACACAGGACCGGGAAGCCGAGUACUACAACCCGCUUGGGCACAUACUCAUAAACGGAUCGCUAAUUGUGCAGUCAUUUUUCGAAAUGAGUGGAUUUCUGCUCAGCAUACACUUCCUCACCACGCAGGCCAAGCUGAAAAAGGUUAGCUGGGCUGCUAUAUUCGUAACGGUGGCGUACAGAUACAUCCGACUUACACCGGCGUACGCGUACAUUCUACUGCUGCAUGCAACCUGGCUACCGAAGCUACAGGACGGUCCACUGUGGCCCCGCGGUGCCGAAGUCGAGCGUAACCUGUGCCGCCGGAACUGGUGGACCAAUCUGCUGUACGUGAACAACUACGUGAAUGCGGACGAACCGUGUCUUCAGCAAGCUUGGUAUCUGGCCUGUGACUAUCAGCUGUUCACGGUGGGACUUAUUAUUCUAGUGGCAGUUACCAAGUACAAGAAGUACGUGGUGCACAUCUUCAGUGUUGCUGGUGCGAUUGCCAUCCUGAUACCGGCCCUUGUCGUCUACUUCUAUCAGUUUGAUGGUGUGUUUGUCGUCACUUUGCAGGCAGAACGAUUCAUCUACUGGUUUGACGAGAUGUACCACAAGAUCUACAUACCGUUCCACACGAAUAUUGGCUGCUACGUCGGUGGUGUAGUUUAUGGCUAUUUGUACUACCGUGUCCGUGCAUCGGACAGCAAGGGAAACCGAUCGGGAUUCCUCAAAUUCCUCUGGUACAUCACGGUGCCCUGCGGCAUGCUGACGCUCAUGAUCAGUAUGAUCUUCUACACGAACAACUUUGAAAAACCAUCGCUCUGGAUAUCGUUGUUCUUCCCGCUGCACAAAAACGCUUGGGCCCUGUUCGGUGCCAUCGUCCUGUACGGUAUCAUUUACAACUAUAAUCGAUUCGUCAAGAGUGUUGUCAAUUUCCCAGCCUUUGUACCGUUGGGACGGUUAACGUACUGUGCGUACAUCAGUCACGUGUUUUUCCUGAAGAACUUUUUCUACGGAACGCGUGACAUUCCGUACUUUAGCAAUGUGUCGAUGUACACAAAAGUGAUUUCGGUGAUAGUUGCAUCGUACAUCUUGGGUGCGAUUGUUGCACUCACGCUGGAGUUCCCUAUUUCCGCUCUGCAGAAGCAUCUGCUUACCAAGCAGCUCGAGAAAGUUUCAAAACCAGAACCUCCAAAGGAAAACAACAAUGAACUUAGUCCACCGUCUGCAUAACGGAACCAAAAAUACGAUCGACAAAAUGUUAGGCUCUUAAUUGAUACUCUAGUACGCACAACUUAAUGUUAAUACUCAAGAUAUGAUGCUGUUUGUGAAUUUAGCUGUAAGCAAUAUUUAAUAAAACAGAUUUUUAUUUUGUUUUGUGGUAAAAUGUGAUUAAAAAUUAAAA